AUCUACAAUUUUGAUAAUCUAUACCAUACUGUCUUUCUCCUCGCGAGUUCGUCACCGCAUUUGGAGAAAGAAUCUUUGAUCCUGGCGUCAAAGGGAUAAACUUUCAGAUUGAUUUGCUACAGUACUUACGUACUGUAACGACUUGGCGCGGACAAGGACUGCUGGAGGAGGCAAAAAUGAUGCAUCAGCAAUCCAUGAUGGUUGGAGAUAUGUUACCCGUUCAUUCUGAGAUACCUGUGCAUGGGGAGGAGAUGAAUAAUGUUGGGUAUGAGAACAGUGGACCCGGUUAUGCUUAUGAUGACCUGUUCCCUGCUCUGCCUAAUUCUCAGCCUCCCGUGCAGCGUAACAUUCAAUUGGUCACUAAUAAACUACGUGUUGGCUCUUCAUUGCAUACGCAGGUAUUUCAUGUGCCAUACGAAGAAAGGAAAUUGGAUAACGCUAAUACAUUUGGUGAGGGAGAGUCAUUGAGAACCUGCCAAGCUAUAACGAAGGAUACUGGAGCACAUAUCGAAAUAUCAACCAGCAAGGAUGGCAGUCUUACUUUUCUCAUCACUGGAAAGCAUAGUGCUGUCCUUGAAGCAAGGCGUAAAAUUUUGACUCACUUCCAGCAACAGGCUAGCAAGCAAAUUUCAAUUCCGAAAGAACACCAUCGUUGGAUAUUGGGUAAACAAGGCCAAAAGCUGAAAGAACUUGAGAAAGUAACAGCAACUAAGAUCAGUGUGCCAGCAAUUGCCGAUAACAGUGAGACAAUAACUAUAACUGGCACUAAGGAAGGAAUUGAAAAAGCUGAACAUGAAAUCAGAGUCUGCUCAGAAGAACAAUCACGUAAAGCUCUGGAGCGUAUAACGGUGCCAAAAAUCUAUCACCCAUUCAUUCAAGGACCAUAUGGUGAGCGUGCGGCGGCUAUGAGCGCGGAGACCGGCGCCCGCAUACAUAUACCGCCUGCGUCCACUCAAAGUGAUGAAAUUGUGAUUGCUGGCGAGAAAAAUGGAGUAUUGGCUGCUAAAGCACAAAUUGAACAAAUUCAUGAUGAUAUGGUAAAAAAAUGUUCGACAGUACGAGUAGAGGUGCCUAAAUCUCAACAUAAAUAUGUAAUUGGUGCUCGUGGAACUACCAUACAGGAGAUACUAAAGGAAACUGGUGUAUCGGUUGAAAUGCCGCCACCUGAUUCGCCUACUGGAACCAUUACUCUUCAUGGACCCCACAAUAAAAUUGGCCUUGCUCUAUCCAAAGUAUGUGAAAAAGCGAACUCUGUGAAAACCGCAACUGUAGAUGCUCCAACAUGGAUUCAUAAAUACAUAAUUGGAAAGAAUGGUUCAAAUAUUAAAAAGAUUACCCAGGAUUAUUCUAAGGUGCAUGUUGACAUUACUCAUUCCGAAGAUAAAGUUAAAAUAGAUGGUCCCCCAGAAGAAGUAGAACGUGCACAAGUGGAACUUAGUGACUUUGUAAAAAAUUUGCUUGACACUCUGACAUAUGUUGAACUCUCAGUGGACCCUAAAUUUUUCAAACACAUUAUAGGCAAAAGCGGAUCGAACAUUAACAGACUGAAGGAUGAGACUGGCGUAGUUAUUAAUAUUAUCGAAAAUGAAGGCAAUCACGUAAUUCGUAUUGAAGGAAGUCAUCAGGGUGUGGCUGAUGCUGAAAAAGAAUUGAGAGAAAUGGUUAUGAAAUUAGAAAAUGAGAGGACAAAAGAGGUUUACGUUGAUCACAGAUACAUUAAAUCUCUUAUUGGGGUUAGAGGAGAUAAGAUUAAAGAAAUACGCGAAAAGUUCGAUAGAGUGUUGAUUACUCUCCCUGAUCAAGGUCAAAAAAGAAGUCCUAUUAAAUUAAGAGGCCCUCAAGAAGAUAUUGAAAAAUGUGAAAAAUAUCUCCACAAAAUUCUAAAAGAGAUUGCUGAAUCUUCGUAUGUUCAGGAAGUUCCAAUUUUCAAACAGUUUCACAAGUUUAUCAUUGGUAAAGGUGGAGCAAAUCUAAGGAAAAUUCGGGAUGAGACUCAGACACAAAUAGAUCUUCCUGCUGAAGGCGAUGACAGUGAUGUUAUUACUGUUCGUGGAAAGCGUGAAAAUGUUGAAGAAGCAGUUAAAAAAAUACAACAAAUUCACAAUGAGAAGGCGAACAUAGUAACUGAAGAAGUAACCAUACAGCCUAAAUACUACAAUUCACUUAUUGGAGCAGGAGGCAAAUUAAUUCAUUCCAUAAUGGAGGAAUGUGGAGGAGUUCUUAUAAAGUUCCCACCUGCUGAUAGUGAAAGUGACAAAGUUAUUAUCAAAGGCCCGAUUGAAGAUGUUGAGAAGGCAAAGCAACAGCUAUUGGCGCAUGCAUCUGAACGUGAACUCACCUCUCAUACGGCACAUGUCCGUGCUAAACCUGAACAUCAUAAGUUCCUUAUUGGAAAGAAUGGUGCCAAUAUUAAGAAAAUUCGUGAGCAGACUGGAGCUCGUAUUAUCUUCCCAACUGAGAAAGAUGAGGACAAGGAAGCCAUUUUCAUAAUUGGACGGGAGGAACAGGUGGUAGCUGCGCGUAAACAACUGGAGGCUGCGGUGGCGGAGAUCAGCAACGUGUCGGAGGGUGAGAUGACGGUGGCGGCACGACACCACCGGCACUUUGUUGCACGUCGUGGAGAAGUGCUACGACGCAUCGCAGAUGACUGUGGCGGUGUGCAGAUCUCAUUCCCGAGACAGGGCGUUAAUAGCGAUCGCGUCGUACUCAAGGGACCCAAAGAAUGCAUCGAGGCCGCUAAAGCUCGCAUCAACGAAAUUAUAGAAGAUUUGGAAGCUAAGGUGACAAUUGAAUGCGUAAUUUCUCAAAGACAUCACCGUACAGUUAUGGGAGCGCGGGGCGCUAAGGUGAAAGACAUAACAGCAGAAUACGAUGUGCAAAUCAAGUUCCCAGAGCGUGAUACAAGUGAAGCCGCGGAUGUACCUCAGAAGAACGGCGAGGAGAAUGCUGAGCCUGGUUCUAACGAUAUUAUCAGAAUUACUGGUCGGCCAGAAAAUUGCGAAGCCGCAAAGAAAGCUUUACUCGAACAGGUGCCUGUUACUAUCGACGUAGAAGUUCCAAAUGAUCUGCACCGGUUACUAGCAGGUCAAAAGAGAAGAGAACUAAUGCAGACAUAUGAUGUUCAUAUUCUGUUACCACGAAGUGAAGAGAACAGUGACUUGGUGAAGGUGACCGGUACACCCACUAAUGUGGAGAAAGCUGAGCAAGCAAUAGCCGACAAAAUUGUAGAAAUGGAGAAAGAAAAAGAAGACAGAAUUUUGAGAUCAUUUGAACUGAAGUUCAGAGUACACCCUGAAUAUCAUCCUCUGGUGAUCGGUAAAGGAGGUGCUGUCAUAACGAAGAUUCGGACUGAUUAUGGAGUACAAAUAAACCUUCCAAAACGCGGCGAACCUGAGGAGGAUAUUAUUACAAUUCAGGGAUAUGAGGACAAGGCUAUAGAAGCAAAGGAAGCUAUUAUGGCUAUUGUUCACCAACUUGAUAACCAGUGCAGAGAGGAAGUUGAGAUUGAUCCACGUGUUCACCGAAGAUUAAUAGGUCAAAAAGGGAAGAAUAUUAGACGCAUCAUGGAGGAAUACAGGGUCGAUAUUCGAUUCCCGAAAAAUUCUGAGGACAGUAUUGUUGUUAUCACUGGUGACGAGGAUAGAGUAUUGGAUGCUAAAGACCACCUCCUUAAUUUGGCAGAAGAAUAUUUACAAGAUGUGGUAGAUCGUUACCAACGACCGGCGGCCCCUUCCUUGGGCGACUUCGGCGACAUGCUGGGAUCGGAAAGCGGUUCGGCGCAGGCAGCCGGCGCUGCCGGCGGAGCGGCCGCCGGGUUCGUCGUGACUGGUGGGCCGUGGGAACAGCGCGCCCCGGACACCGCGUCCACUCACGAGUUCCCCACGAUGCCGGGCUCCGGCCGCACGACAGCCGCUCCCCAGCCAUCCCCGGCCGCGUGGGGCCCACGUCGCUAAACACUUCCGGGAACUCCGCAUUGUAAAACAUCGCUCUGUGUGAUUAUAAUUAUGCAAACAUAAUAAUGGUAUAUAGGUACAUUAUACAUAUUGUUAACGUAGGUGGUUAGAACUAUCUCAAAUUUUGUGAUUUCCAGAUGGUUGUAAUUUAUUCUUUGUUCAUCGUUCUCGUAAUUUGUACUGAUCAUACACUGAUGAAAAUGAUAAACAGUAAAUCACAAUUGCCUCAAAAUUACAAUAUUUGAGCCAUAGUCUACCGCCUACGAUAUACAUGUACUUUUAAUAAAUCGCGCGUAAUGUAGAAGUGGAUUCUAUUAUCAAUCGAUAUAGUUAGUAUCGAUUGCGAUCGAGCGGCCUAUUAUUUCUGCGCCAUUCUUGUUAUGUGAUUUCAUUUUUAUUAUUGUUAUCAAUUUCUGCUAUUCCUUUUCUAUUAUCAUGUGUAUUCUAAUACAACUUUUGUUUCUAGAACAGAUUCUGAAGUUACUUUUAAUUGUCUCAUAUUUAUUAUACAUUUCCAUUUAUUAAGUUAAAUUAAUUAUUUGUUCUGUCAAUAGUAAUUUAGAAUGAUGUAAUAAUAUUAGAUUUUUAACACUAAAUUGUGUAAUAUAGGGAAUCUUAUUGUCAUGUUAAAAAUUCCUAAAAAUAAAAUUAUAAAAAUGUAUUUGAUAUUUUGCACGGCAUAAUAUCAAAUACAUUUUUGUUUACAUCUUUGUAUGAAGCAUGGAUGUAGUUCGAGAAAAACACAGCGAUCAGAAUUCGGAACUAUCCUCUCGCUAUAGAUAUUGUAUGUCCUCAUAGUUACUAGUAUCGUUUGGUACUUCUUUGCAUAAUAUGAUUAAAGUUUAAUUAUAUUACAAAUAAUUGCUCUCCUAAACUCAUUCAUAUUAGUGUUAUCUAUUGUUCUGUAUGAAGUAGAUAAUCGAAAUUCAGAAUCGAUCCCAAUAUUACGCAAUAUGGUGCCAGCUCAAUUGCUUAAAGCAAUCAAACAUGAAUAAAAAAUGCCAUUUAUUAGAAUAAUAAUGACUCAUUUUUAUUUAUAUUUACAUUUAUGCAGUAAAACAAGUCGUAAUUAUGUUUCUAUGUACUUAUAUUAUAAUUUAAUGAAUUGUCUAUUUUAUAUAACAAUUUGCAUUAUUAUUUUCUGUACUAUGGUUUUAAGUGUUGCCUAUGAUAAUAAAUCAGUAAAUGAUAAGAAAAAAAUAAAUAUUUUUACAAAGUAAUUUGUAUAUAGUAAACUGUGUUUGAAACAUUAAUAAAAUCUUUUACAUUACUAAAUAUAGUUUCUUUAAAAUACAUGUAUUUUAAAAUAUAUGCAUUACACACUAACUACAUAUACAGUA